GUGGUCAGUUUAUAAUGAUAGUGAGUGCGAGAGUGUAGUCUGAACUGUUUAGUGAAUAAAAAUUAAUUUCAAAGCAAUUUACACGAUGAAGUCAAUACCAGUAAUAUUAUGUUUAGUAUCAAAGUUAUUAGCAACGCCAGUUAUAACGCGACAAAGUUUGCUUCGACAAGCGAAUAGAGACCAAUAUUGCUCACAUCUUUUACAUUUCAAUAAUUAUUUCUAUUUGUUAGACGAGCAACGGAAUCUUACAGGCACUCCGGCUGAUUUAAGCAUUCAUUGGAAAACUGGGAACAUAUUCUACACGCUUAUAAGUGACGAAAUGAAAAUGAGUCUCCAAGUGCUGCAUCCCAGUAACGAAACUGAAAUAAUAAAAGUUGCCGGACUCGGUCAAUCAACGUGUGUGGAUAACCUCAAUGACAUUGUAUACCUAGCUACUGAUAACGGCGUCUAUAAAUACAAAGAUGACGGCUCCAUAGAACUCUAUACAGCUUUAGGUGAAGAUGUUAUGUACAUUGCUGUGACGAACGAUGGCUCCACUAUGUACAUCGCCACAUGGCCCCAGAACAGAGUGCAAAAAAUAACAAAUGACGGUCAGAAACAAGAAACCUUCGCACCUAUACCGAAUGGACACGGACUGACCAUAGAUACAAGAAAUAACAUGUACUUUGCAGCCACAAAGACAUCGUAUGUGCUCAAGAAUGGUCACAAUGUUCCGAUAAAAAUUAAGGGACUGCCGAGCGAUAGAAUGACAGGUGUUUUUGUCAGCCGAUCGGACGACGUAUUUGCGAUGGAUGAGAAUAGCAAUUUUUAUAAAAUAGACCCAGAAAAUGCAAGUGCUAAACAUUUAGGUACAUUCAGUAUAGGCGGCGUGAAUACAUUUGGAUUAGAUUCGGCAGAUAAUAUUUACAUUGGAGUUAAAGGUCGAAUAAAUAAAUUUACAGCGCAUGAGACCAGCCCCUGUUCGGAUUUUCAAAAGUAAUAAUAAAUGUAUGUGACUAACUUGGUAAUAACCUUUACAUAAAUCAUUGUCUAUUUCUAACACAUAUAAAGAACAUAUUCUACGAUAGAGUACGGCUCGUUUCCAUUGCGACUAGUAUAAUGUAACACCCAACUGUAAUAAUGUGAUUAUAAAAUAUAAUCUUUAACAUCUCUCUC